AUGGUGGAUAAAAAUAGGACGUUGCAUGAAUUAUCUUCCAAAAAUUUCAGCAGAACGCCGAAUGGACUGAUCUUUACCAAUGAUUUAAAGACAGUAUAUUCCAUUUUUCUAAUUUGUUUGGAUUUGAAAGAGAAAAAACAUAGUAGUGACACUAAGUCUUUCUUAUUAACUGCAUUCACUAAACAUUUCCACUUCACUUUUACAUAUCAGGAAGCUAUUAAAGCAAUGGGACAAUUGGAACUAAAAGUGGAUAUGAACACAACUUGUAUUAACGUUUCAUAUAAUAUUAAACCUAGUUUGGCGCGCCACCUUCUUACAUUAUUUAUGUCUUCUAAGCUACUACAUACACCGCAGGACAGAACUCGUGGCGAGCCAAAAGAGAAAGUUCUUUUCCAACCAACACCUAAGGGAGUUGCUGUUUUACAAAAGUAUGUUAGAGAUAUUGGGUUGAAAACAAUGCCUGAUAUUCUUUUGUCAUCGUUUAACUCCAUGAAACUUUUCACUUUUGAGAGAAGCUCUGUCACGGAUUCAAUCAUCCAUAGUGAUUAUUUGAUCCAUAUUCUUUUCAUUAAAAUGAUGGGCGCUAAGCCAAAUGUUUGGUCUCCAACAAACGCAGAUGACCCAUUACCUUGCCUAUCUUCGUUGUUGGAAUACACUAAUAAUGAUGAUACAUUUACUUUUGAGAAAUCUAAGCCAGAACAAGGAUGGCAAGCUCAGAUUGGAAACAUCGAUAUAAAUGACUUAGAAAGGGUAUCGCCAUUAGCUCAUCGAUUCUUUACAAAUCCAGAUUCUGAGUCGCACACGCAAUACUACGUUUCGAAUGCAGGUAUUAGGUUGUUUGAAAAUAAGACGUUUGGCACUUCCAAAAAAAUCGUGAUUAAGUACACCUUUACAACAAAGGCUAUAUGGCAGUGGAUAAUGGACUGUACUGAUAUUAUGCAUGUUAAAGAAGCGGUCUCGUUGGCAGCGUUAUUUUUAAAAACGGGGUUGAUUGUACCAGUUCUUUUACAACCAUCACGCACUGACAAGAAAAAGUUUCAAAUUAGCAGGUCCUCUUUUUUUACCUUGUCCAAGCGUGGUUGGGAUUUGGUUUCUUGGACAGGUUGUAAGAGCAAUAAUAUUAGAGCACCAAAUGGUAGCACCAUAGACCUAGAUUUCACAUUAAGGGGUCAUAUGACUGUUCGUGAUGAAAAAAAGACAUUGGAUGAUAGUGAAGGUUUUUCUCAAGACAUGCUUAUCUCUUCGAGUAAUUUAAAUAAACUGGACUAUGUGCUAACUGAUCCAGGUAUGAGAUAUUUAUUCAGGCGCCAUUUAGAAAAGGAACUUUGUGUAGAAAAUUUGGAUGUCUUCAUUGAGAUUAAGAGGUUUUUGAAGAAAAUGACAAUUCUGAAAAAAUUGAUAGAUUCUAAGCAUUGUGAUAAAAAAUCUAAUACCAGUACUUCAAAAAACAAUAUCGUAAAAACGAUUGAUUCAGCUUUAAUGAAACAGGCCAAUGAGUGCCUUGAAAUGGCAUAUCACAUUUAUUCGUCCUAUAUCAUGAUAGGAUCACCAUAUCAAUUAAAUAUCCAUCAUAACUUGCGUCAGAAUAUUUCUGACAUCAUGUUGCACCCUCAUUCUCCAUUAUCGGAACACUUUCCUACUAAUCUAUACGAUCCAUCACCUGCAUCCGCGGAAUCAGCAGCUUCAUCAAUUAGCUCAACGGAGGCUGACACGUUAGGUGAACCACCUGAAGUGAGUCUAAAACCUUCAAAAAAUCUUUCAAAUGAAAACUGUUCAUUUAAGAAGCAAGGAUUCAAACAUCAGUUAAAGGAAUAUAAACCUGCCCCGUUAACUCUGGCAGAAACGCAUUCGCCUAAUGCAUCAGUAGAAAAUUCACAUACAAUUGUUCGUUAUGGCAUGGACAACACCCAAAAUGAUACCAAAUCGGUUGAAUCAUUUCCAGCAACUUUGAAGGUCCUCAGGAAAUUAUAUCCCCUCUUCGAGAUCGUUAGCAAUGAAAUGUAUAGACUGAUGAAUAACGAUUCCUUUCAAAAAUUUACCCAGUCAGACGUAUACAAAGAUGCUAGCGCUUUAAUAGAAAUCCAAGAAAAGUGCUAA